CGGGCUCGAUCUCCGUCUCCAUGGCGGCAGCCGGCGGAGCUGGGAUCUCGCUGCACAAUUUCUGCGGGCGCCUGGCCGAGCAGCUGGUGCACUUCCACGCCAUGCGCCUGCAGGGCUCGCUCUUCCUGUGGGUCGGGGAGGCCCCCCAACUCAGCAACUUAGCCGUGGCCAUGUGCACCCCCCGCGACUCAAUUCCAGCAUCUACGUUACUCCUUGGCGAUACCUCUGAUAGCACCUCAAACUCCUUAGCCCAAAGAUUAGCCAGCAAGACUAAAAAACAGAUUUUUGUCAGCUAUAAUAUUAAAAAUACCAACAGCAACUUCAUAUUGCUUGUAGAAAACCGAAUCAAGGAGGAAAUGGCCGCUUUCCCAGAAAAGUUUUAGCUUGGAACCACUGUAGGUGUGUCUGCAUUAUAUAUAUAUAUUUUUUAAAAAUUAAAAUGGUUUGUUUUUCCUGUCA